CCGCGGCAGGCCGCCGCCGCCGACCUCGAGGAGGGCAGCGGCGACUGCGCGGCCGCCAGGGGUGGCAGCACGGCGGUUGCCGAGAUGGCCUCCGAGGAGGACCGAGCCCGGGCGGCUGCCCCCGGGGGCCACGAGGCCCUUCCCCGCGCACUGGGGCGAGCCACCCCGAGCGCUCACCCGGGAGCGCCGGGACUGGCCCGCCGGCUUCGGCCACGGCAGCGGCACGAUCGCGAAGUGGAUCGAGGGCAACCUGGCAAGGGACGGGCAGGAGAGUGCGCAGGCGCGGCCAAGGGCCCGAAUAUCCCCAAGCUGGACCUCCCGCUCCCAGACCCGGAGGACGGGGUACCGGCGGAGCUAUGCGACGACGAGGCGCCCGCACCGCCGGACCCCACAGCAUCGGAGCUGGUGAGCCAGGCCCUCGACUCGGGGAGCGCGAGCGAGCCCAGGCCACCCGCGCAGCCGCACGCCAGGCAGAAGAGGACCGAAGACCACCGAGGUGGUGGGCACCGACGGGGCUGCGAAGCCGAGGAGGACGAAGGCUCGCGAGGCGGCGGGGCCGGCGCGGCCCGAGCCUGCCCAGAGGGAGGAGGGCCUGCAGGGCGCUGCGCGGGUGCUCGCGCCCGAGGACUGACCCGGAGUUCACCAGCUGCGUCCCGCCCCGGGCGUCCCUCGCGGCGGAGCUCGCGGCCGCGUCGCCCCGCCCCGUCCCGGAGCUCGGCGUCGCGUCGCUCGCGGGGGAGAGCCGGCCGCCCAGAGGCCGAAGCGGGAGAAGAAGGCGGGGCAGAGCCCCAAGGACCGGGCGCGCGCGACGCGGCUGCCCAAGAAGUGAGCGGGGUCCCUUUCUUUCUUUAGUUCUUUCUUUCUUUCUUUUUUUCUCACUCUCUCUUUCUUUAUUCUUUCUUUCUCACUCUCUCUCUCACUCCCUCCUCCCUCCCUGUUCCUGUGCUUUGCACGGGCGGACUUCUCGCUCCACAUCUCGGCGCGGGGCCCUACAGCUCGCCGCCGACUCCAUGCUCCACCCGCUUGCGGCACCUGGCCGAGCAACUCGGGACGGCGCCUUUCUCGCCGUCGGGCCCCUCCGCUCACCAGUCCUCCCAACCCCCAUCCGCUCGCGCCUGGCCGAGCCAGUGCCGGCGGCGCCCUGCCCGCGUCUUAGCUGCGCCGUUGUCCUUCGGGGGCCUCCCAGCGCGGCGACGCGCAGCUGGGUCGCGGGCGGAGGUAUCGGCUUCGGUCGGAGGGAGGGCCGCGAUCGCAGAGCGCAAGCUAUCUCGCGACCUCUGAUCCCCGAAGCGAUCUGUUGUCUCAACCGCCUCCGGUGGCGCGCAAAUGCAGGCCGCCCGCAUCUGGCUUCCAGCAAGAGGGGGCGAGGGCGGGGGUGCGCAGGGGUUGCCCCCUCGAAGAGGGCAGGGUUUUUCUCUGAGGCGGUCGGCCCCUUGGAGCCUGCCCAUUGCGCGCCUCUCGGGGCCUGGAAGGCCGCCCCGUCGCCAU